UCUGGAGAGCUGCCGAGCGUGCGAGUGUUCGGGAAAGCCUUCGAGCCUCGAGGUGGAGGGAGGAGGAAGGACCCUCCGUAGUUAAGAUUACAUGAAGACGUAAUCUCUAAUCUCUCUUCGUAAUCCUCGCGUUAAGCAUCGAAGCCCAACCUCUGAUCAGCUUCUUCUUCUUCUUAAACUCCGUUCUCUUCUUAUUCUUCUUCUCCUUGUUCGCCUGGCAAUGGACGAUUGUCUGAAACUUCUGAAAGGGGAGAAAGACGAGCAGAAGUUCGCUGGUCUGCUCUUAGCCACCAGGCUGUGCCAAGGGAACGACGAUGCGUCGGUCCGCAAGAUUUACGAUGCUGUCGGCUUCAGCUUCCUCAAUCGCCUUUUGCGAACUGGUUUAGGUAAGGGUGGAGAUACUGAGGAGCGGGAAGACUACUUGAAGCUUGCUGUGACUGUGCUGGCGACGUUUUGCCGGCUUCCCGAAGUCGCGUCGUCCACUGACAUGCUUUCCACAGUUCCACUUAUUUUGGAGAUCUUAAGGAAAAGGUCAGAUCCAUCCCUCAUUGUGGAAUGUUAUGAGUGCUUAUUAUUGAUAGGAAGUGCUUCACAAGAUGGUCCAAGAAUGUUAUUUGAUUCUGGGGCCAUAACUGUUCUGUCUUCACAUAUAUCGAUUUUACCUGAUGGUACUCAUCUAACUUGGUGUAUGGCAGCUUUACCUCUCCUACUCUCUAGUGGAGGCUCUUGGAUUCAACACACAAGUUCCAAAGUUCAUUGGACAAAUAAAUCUCUCCUCUUCCACUCCCUCACUAUGCAGCCUCCAAUUUCUCACAAUCCACACUCUCCAGCAGUCAUGCUCUUGACUGGCUCACUGGCGGUGGAGGUAUCAAUGCGUCUUCUGCUGUUAAUAUUGAAUGAGCUGCCUUUAGACAUGAUUAUACUACAGAAUUCAGAAGAACUGGCACACAUAUUAAUAUUUCAGGUGGUGGCUGUAGCUAGACCGUUUGGCUUGUUGCAUAGUGCUCUCAAGUUUGAUGCACUACACCUACUCUCAGCUAUUUUAUCUUUUCAUCAUAUGGAGCCUCUUCACCAGUCUCUUAUAUCAAGAUCGAGUGACAGCACUUGGGGAAAUUAUAUAGGUGUUGGCAUCACCGCUGUUCUACAGAACCGUGUUGGUAGUGCUGAGAAGAUUGAGGCUCUUAUUCUGGCUGAGUCAAUGAUAAAUAUUUUUGGUGAAAGUUGGCUGGUUAGUACAAUGAAUUUACCUGAUGCUGCUGAAACAGUCCCUGCUGACAGGUGCUUAUUGCUUGUAUUGGAGACUUCGAGAAUUGAAAUUGCUGUUCUGUUGAAUGAACUUGCUUAUUUGAAAUAUGAGGCAUCUAAGGACUCUACAGUCUACUCCUCAUCUCAGGGGCUUUUUCUCAAGCAACGAAACCUAGCAAUGGCAUAUUCUUUGAUGGAAAAGAUUAUCAAGCUAAUCUCAAGUCUAUUUGAAUCUGAAGGCAUUUCCAUUAGUGAAGGAACCUUAAUUAAGGCAAUGUCGGGAAUUUCAGAGACGAUCAGUUUGGUUUUUGAUUUUCUACAAGAUGCAAAGGAACAUGGGCAGAGGAAAGGAGAUGAUCUUCUAGCCUCUGUGCGUAUUAUUGGAAGUUUUCUUGCAGAAACACCUUUUGCAAUGGGGGAGAGAGUUGGAGAACUUUUGGACUUUAUUCUUUCGGUUGAAGGUGAAGCUGAAGAAAGCUCCUUGUACUCGAUCUGUUUUUUGCUUCCAAUGUUGUGCCAAACAACCACAGAAGUGAAAGUUUGCAAGACUCUGCUCAUAUCUGGAGCUCACAAAUUGGUAAUCAAGUUUCUUGUGGACUUCAUUAGACAAAACAAUCAGCUGGAUGUGGAUAAGAUUGGUACUUUAUUCUUUGCCUGUGAAACUGUAAUCAACAUUCUUGUGAAGGUGGAUGACAUUCAAAUUCUCGUGGAUGUGGUUGACUUGGUUCCUCUUCUACAAGCAUUUGCUGCUCUGUCAGUUUCAGGCAAUAAAGACGGUGACAGCUCUAUUAUAAUGAUGGCUUCAAGUAUCUGCAUUUUGGUUCUUGGUAUAACAUCUGAGGAUGCUUUGACAAGGCUUGGAAUUGAUGAAUUCGUCUAUGAUAGAGUAUGCCAACUCAUUCUGUGGAGCUUGGAGAUGUGCAGACAGGGCAAGCCAUGGAAACUUCUUGAAUCAGAGCUUGAUCUUGGUAAAGUAGUCACUGAGGGUUACAUUUGUUGUGCCAGUCGAUUUCCACAUAUCAAGCAGGCUGUUGAGAGGUCAGUUAACCUCCAGCAUUUGAGAAUAUGAAGGGUACGAUGGCCUCACUACUAGGUAAACUCAAUUAUCUCUCCGAUUGGCAUAAACUCAAUUAUUUCUCCGGUGGGCAUACUUGUUCAACCCAAUGUCCAAGCUAACGAUGUCUAUAGUGGUUGAGGUUGAGGUUGAUAGGAGAAGCAUCAUAAGGAAGUUUUAAUUUUGCCUUGCAGAGUCAGUUUUUUGGCUUUGUAUUUCUAACAAACUUUCUCUAACAUCUUAGGGAAAUGAAGGUAAAUGUAAUUGGUUUACUGGCGGAUGCCGUCAGAGCAAUUGAGGAACUCCACAUUGUAUGGAUGAUUUGACUGGAGUAGUGAAAGGAAUCAAUUAUUUACUGAUAGAUUCUUA